AUGAGAAAUUCUGAAGAACAACCAAGUGGAGGAACCACGGUGUUGCAGCGUCUGCUACAAGAGCAGCUUCGCUAUGGCAAUCCUAAUGAGAAUCGCAACCUGCUUGCCAUACACCAGCAAGCCACAGGGACUGUCCCUCCUUUCCCCAGUGGCAGUGGAAACCCAGGUCCUCAGAAUGAUGUGUUGAGUCCCCAAGACCAUCACCAACAGCUUGUGGCCCAUGCUGCUAGACAAGAACCCCAAGGGCAGGAAAUUCAGUCAGAAAAUAUCAUCAUGGAGAAGCAACUUUCCCCUCGAAUGCAGAAUAAUGAAGAACUCCCAACCUAUGAAGAAGCCAAGGUCCAGUCCCAGUACUUUCGGGGCCAACAGCAUGCCAGUGUUGGAGCUGCCUUCUAUGUCACUGGAGUCACCAACCAGAAGAUGAGGACGGAGGGACGACCAUCAGUUCAGCGUCUCAAUCCUGGGAAGAUGCACCAGGAUGAAGGACUCAGAGACCUUAAGCAAGGACAUGUCCGCUCUUUGAGUGAACGACUAAUGCAGAUGUCACUGGCCACUAGUGGAGUUAAGGCCCAUCCGCCUGUUACCAGCGCUCCACUCUCUCCACCACAACCCAAUGACCUCUACAAGAAUCCCACAAGUUCCAGUGAAUUCUACAAGGCCCAAGGGCCUCCCGGCCAGCAUACUCUGAAGGGCAUGGAACACCGAGGCCCCCCACCAGAGUAUCCCUUCAAGGGCAUGCCACCCCAGUCUGUAGUGUGCAAGCCCCAAGAACCAGGGCACUUCUAUAGUGAGCAUCGUCUGAACCAGCCAGGGAGAACAGAGGGGCAACUGAUGAGGUAUCAGCAUCCCCCUGAGUAUGGAGCAGCCAGGCCAACACAAGACAUCUCAUUGCCUUUGUCGGCCAGGAACUCUCAACUUCACAGCCCUACUUCUUCCCUCACGUCUGGGGGUUCCUUGUCCUUGCUGCAGUCUCCACCAUCCACUAGAUUAUCUCCUGCUCAACAUCCAUUGGUCCCAAACCAAGGAGACCACUUGGCUCACCUACCUAGGCAGCAGCAACAUUUCCUUCCUAAUCAGACUCACCAGAGUGAUCUUUACCGUCUCACCCAGCCGGGCCUGAGUCAGCAGCAGCAGCAGCAACACCAUCACCACCAUCACCAGCAGCAGCAGCCACAGCUUGGAGAAGCAUAUUCAACUAUGCCUAGAGCUCAGCAGUCUUCUGCUUCUUAUCAGCCAAUGCCGGCAGACCCUUUUGCCAUUGUUUCCAGAGCCCAGCAGAUGGUUGAGAUCCUCUCAGAGGAGAACCGGAACUUGCGGCAGGAGUUGGAAGGAUGCUAUGAGAAGGUGGCAAGACUGCAGAAGGUGGAGACAGAAAUCCAACGUGUCUCAGAGGCAUAUGAGAACCUUGUGAAGUCAUCCUCUAAGAGAGAAGCCUUGGAGAAAGCCAUGAGAAACAAGCUUGAAGGGGAGAUUCGAAGGAUGCAUGACUUUAAUAGGGAUCUGAGAGAGCGUCUGGAGACUGCCAACAAACAGCUUGCGGAGAAAGAAUAUGAGGGGACAGAGGAUACCAGAAAAACCAUCUCUCAGCUCUUUGCAAAAAAUAAGGAGAGCCUGCGGGAGAAGGAGAAGCUGGAAGCUGAGCUGGCCACUGCCCGAUCUGCCAAUGAGGACCAAAGAAGACACAUCGAAAUCCGAGACCAGGCCCUGAGCAACGCCCAGGCCAAGGUGGUAAAGCUGGAAGAAGAGCUUAAAAAGAAGCAGGUGUACGUAGAUAAGGUGGAGAAGAUGCAGCAGGCCCUUGUACAGCUCCAGGCAGCAUGUGAAAAGCGUGAGCAGCUGGAACACCGUCUCCGGACACGGCUGGAGAGAGAACUGGAAUCCCUCAGAAUUCAGCAGCGCCAGGGCAACUCUCAGCCCACCAAUGUUUCGGAAUACAAUGCUGCUGCACUGAUGGAGCUACUUCGUGAAAAGGAGGAAAGGAUCCUGGCCCUGGAAGCUGAUAUGACUAAGUGGGAACAAAAGUACUUAGAGGAGAAUGUGAUGAGACAUUUUGCUCUGGAUGCUGCUGCAACUGUAGCUGCUCAGAGGGAUACAACAGUCAUCAGCCACUCUCCUAACACUAGCUAUGACACAGCUCUUGAAGCUCGCAUCCAGAAGGAGGAGGAAGAAAUCUUGAUGGCCAACAAGCGUUGCCUUGAUAUGGAGGGCAGGAUUAAGACCCUCCAUGCCCAGAUUAUUGAGAAGGAUGCCAUGAUCAAAGUACUCCAGCAGCGUUCCCGGAAGGAGCCUAGUAAGACAGAGCAGCUGUCAUCCAUGCGGCCAGCAAAGUCUCUGAUGUCCAUUUCCAAUGCUGGAUCGGGUUUGCUCUCCCACUCUUCCACCCUGACUGGCACCCCCAUCAUGGAAGAGAAGAGGGAUGAUAAGAGCUGGAAAGGGAGCCUAGGCAUUCUCCUGGGUGGAGACUACCGUGCAGAAUCUGUCUCUUCUACACCCUCACCAGUGCCGCCCUCGACUCCCCUGCUCUCAGCUCACUCUAAGACGGGAAGCCGAGACUGCAGCACCCAAACAGAACGGGGAACUGAAGCAAACAAAACUGCAGCUGUUACUCCAAUCUCUAUUCCUGCUACAGUUGCUGCCGCCAUCACUGCCAAUGCUGCCACCAACACCACCACCAUGGUAGCUGCUGCUCCAGUGGCUGUUGCUGCUAUUGCUACUCCAUCUCCAGCAACUGCUACUGCUGUUCAUGCUGCUGCUGUUCCUCCAGCUGCUGCUGUUCAGAUUCCAACUGCUGCCUCUGCUGUUUCUGCAUCUAUUGUUGCUCCUGCUUCUGCUGCUGCUGCUGUUCAGGUUGCUCCAGCCACUCCAGCUCCGGUUCCAGCUCGGGCUCCAACUCCGGUUCCAGCUCCAGCAGCAGCUCAGGCUUCUGCUCCAGCUCUGACUCAGAUACCGACUCCAUCUCCAGUUGCAGCUGCUAUUCCAACUCCAGCUCCAACUCCAUCUUUGGCUCAGGCUGAGGCUCCUACAACUCCAGUCACUGUUUCUGGACCACGGCGCUUGUCUAUACCUAAUUUGGCCUGUAAUCCAGACAAGACAGAUGGUCCCGUUUUCCACUCCAGUACUCUGGAAAGAAAAGCUGCUGCUCAGAUCCUGGGACCAGAGCCUGAUGCAGAAAUGGUGGAAUAUCUCAUCUAA